AUGCGCGCCGCCCCCUUCAUUACUGACAGUCUACCUUUGCCUCCUACAGGGCCCUUUGCUGGUCUCCUCCUCGCAGACUAUGGCGCCAGUGUUCUUCGUGUUGACCGGCCCGCGGCGGUCAACAUGGAUUCACUGACGCGUCGCAAAAGCUCGAUCAAACUGGACCUGCGAGAACCCAAAUCCAAAGAGAUGCUUCUUCGCCUCCUGACUGCCACGGAUAUCUUGAUUGACCCCUUCCGACCCGGUGUUCUUGAGCGACUCGGCCUCUCGCCCACUGAGGUCCUUCUCCGGCACAAUCCACGAUUGAUCGUCGCGCGAAUGACCGGCUUCCGCCGCGACGGAAAAUACAAGGAUAUGGCGGGCCAUGACAUCAACUAUAUCGCGGUGUCCGGUGUGCUCUCCAUGCUUGGCCGGGCAGGCGAUAAGCCCUACGCCCCGGGCAAUAUCCUCGGGGAUUUCGCCGGCGGCGGGGCGAUCUGUUUCCUGGGCAUUCUGCUCGCACUGCUUGCGCGCAACAGCACCGGUCGAGGCCAGGUUGUCGAAGCCAACAUGGUGGACGGGUCCGCAUACCUGGCGACCUUUCCUCGGGUAGCCUCGAAAAAUCCCUCAUGGAAUCAGCCCCGCGGCGAGAACCUUCUCGACAGUGGGUGUCCCUACUAUGAUACGUACGAGACCAAGGACAGUGGGAGGUACUUUGCGGUGGGUGCCCUGGAGCCACAAUUCUAUGCCGCCCUGCUGCGUGGUCUAGGCCUGGACGCGGCGAGGUUACCGGCGCGCGAAGAUCGCAAGAAUUGGCCCGUGCUUCGGGACAUUUUCACCCGUCGGUUCAAGGAAAAGACCCGCGCGGAGUGGGAGGCUGUCUUUGACGGGACAGAUGCGUGUGCGACGCCCGUGUUGGAACACGGCGAGCUGGAGGCGAGUGGAUACGAGCAGCGUCCGGCUGUUCAUCUCUCUUACACGCCGGGCCAUCCCAUCCCAGCCGAUGAAGGCGGGUGGACUGGUGGCGGUCUUGAACCGGGUGAAGGUGGGGUGGAGACGCUUUGCUCAUGGAUGGGAUGGGAGGCUGGUCGGGAUUUUCAGGUGCGAGAGGACGGUGCCUUGGUCUCGGUGGGAGAUAGGGCUAAACUAUAA